AUGCGAACGACGCAGAAGGCUAAAACGAUCCAGCCACGCACGCAGGAGCGAGAGGAUCUUCAGCUCCCCGCGCUGGAUCAAGAGGAUCUUAAACUUACCUCCCGUGCAUACAAAACUCUUUCAGCGAAAGGCAUGUUUCACUCUGUCACGGUUUGGCUUGCAGUGGUGGGGUUAUUUGGCCAAGUCAUCUGCGUACCAGUACGCAUCAAGCCCAGAUUUCAACAUGAUGGCCAUAUGGAGCAGGAUGCGAAUCAGCCUACUGCUAAACCAGGGAUGAUAGAGGAAACGGCCAAACCGCACACGAAAGACAGCGAACAUCUCCGAAAACUUACUGAUGCCAUGCGCACAAUUCACAAAACUUACAAAGGCCACCACGCGGGCGACCUUGCCUUGAUUACUGCGGUCAUCAAAAAUAUUCAGGACAAUCCAGAGAUAAUUGAGAGCAAGCCAGUGACACCAAAAGUUCUUGAUGAAAAAAGAAAGUUAGAAACCGUUGAUAAUCUUGAGGAGCAGAAUUUAAGAGAAGAAGAAAAGAAAGCUUUGAUGAUGAUCAGCGAACUAGAGGACGAAAUGGAACGUUUGAAGAAAGAACUCGAUUUUACAAAAUAGGAAUAUAGGGAACUGGAAGAGGGUCACAAGAUGACCGGUCCACUAGUUGGCCAAGAUGGCAAAA